CUUCAUGCCAGCACACAGCCCUCAAAUCGCCGUCCACAACGCCUCCCAUCUGAUGCGCGUCUACCCCAAAGGCACACGCAUAUCUUCCCGCAACCUCGCACCAGUCCCCUUCUGGGGCAUCGGCGCGCAAAUCUGCGCCUUAAACUGGCAGCACUUUGGCGCGAGCUCCCAGCUCAACGAAGCCCUCUUCGCCGGAUCAGGCGGCUAUGUGCUCAAACCCGCUGCCCUCCGUACCGGCGGCAACGGCAACACGAAUACGGGCCGUCGCAGGAAAUUGCGCCUCCAUGUUGCGGGCGCUACAGAUGUUCCAUUGCCCAAGGGCAGAGACGAGGACGAUACUCCUAAGCCCUAUCUCACGUGCACGCUUGUGCAUCCCAAUGAUCUCAAUAACAUGCCGCCCAAGCGCAAGACGGCGCCGUAUAAGCAGCAUAAAGUCACUGGGUUCUUGCAUAAGCACGGCAACCCUCCCGCGACAGAUCCGUUCUGGGAUGAGGUGUUGGAGUGGGAGUACGACGAUAACGAGUUGGCGUUCCUGAGGCUGUUAGUCAAGAGCGACGAUUCUUUUGCUAGGAAUCCGCUCUUUGCGGUUGCGGCUGUGCGCUUGAUGUAUGCGGUGCCUGGGUGGAGUUUCAUCCGCAUGCUGGAUUUGGGUGGGCAUGAAACUACGUGUACUUUGUUGGUCAAAUUCGAGUUCUUGGAUAUAUAA